GUUUUUAGUUUGAAUGUGAUUUAAUACUAGUUUAAGUAAAUAGUGAAUACAAAAUGUUGGCGGCAGCGCAGGAGGCGGCGGGCGCGCAGGGACGCGCGGCGCCAGCUGAUACGAUGGGCGGCGCCCACCAGCCCGCUACUCCGGGGCCAAGCUCGCUUUUUAUAUUCUCCGACGAAAAUCCUAUACGGAGGUAUACAAAGUUCAUUAUCGAGUGGCCACCCUUUGAGUACGCGGUGCUGCUUACCAUCAUCGCCAACUGUGUGGUGCUGGCGUUGGAGGAGCAUCUGCCGAACGGCGAUAAGACCAUCUUAGCACAGAAUCUGGAAAAGACCGAGGCGUACUUUUUAGGGAUAUUUUGUGUAGAAGCCUCGUUAAAAAUUUUAGCCUUAGGUUUUGUUUUACACAGAGGAUCGUAUCUUAGAAACGUUUGGAACAUAAUGGAUUUUUUCGUUGUAGUAACUGGUAUCAUCACGCAGAUGCCGGAGGUGGCGCCCGAAGUCGACUUCCGGACCUUGCGUGCCAUUAGGGUGCUGAGGCCCCUUAAAUUAGUAUCGGGCGUUCCUAGUCUACAAGUUGUAUUGAAGUCCAUCAUCAAAGCAAUGGCCCCGUUGCUACAAAUCGGCCUUUUGGUGCUUUUUGCAAUUGUCAUAUUCGCCAUUAUUGGUCUUGAAUUUUACUCAGGGGCUUUACAUAAGACUUGUUAUAGUUUAGAGGAUAUAAAUGAAAUAGUAAAUGAUGGAGACACUCCAACACCAUGCAAUGCAGAUAAUGAGACACUUGCUCCGUACGGUGCGCAUGUGUGUGCCUACGACAAAAGCACGUGUCUGGAGAAAUGGGAAGGACCUAACAGAGGAAUUACGUCCUUUGACAACAUUGGAUUCGCUAUGCUUACUGUCUUCCAGUGUAUUACUAUGGAGGGAUGGACAGCUAUACUCUACUGGACGAAUGACGCCUUAGGUAGCACAUUUAACUGGAUUUACUUUGUGCCUCUAAUAGUAUUGGGUUCAUUCUUCAUGCUCAACUUAGUUCUCGGUGUUCUUAGCGGUGAGUUUGCUAAAGAAAGAGAGAAAGUAGAAAAUAGACAAGAAUUUCUUAAAAUAAGAAGACAACAAAUGCUGGAGAGAGAACUCAAUGGUUACGUUGAGUGGAUUUGUAAAGCAGAGGAAGUAAUAUUAGCGGAAGAAAGAACAACAGAAGAAGAAAGAAUGCAUAUUAUAGAAGCCCGAAGAAGAGCAGCAGCAAAAAAGAAGUUAAAGAACUUAGGGAAAAGUAAAAGCACAGAUACAGAAGAGGAAGAACAGGAUGAAGACUGUGGCGAUGACGUUCCAAAGAAAAAGCAAGGGUUCUUGAAAAGCAAAACAAGAUCAGCAGGAAAAUGCGCUGACUUCUGGAGGAAAGAAAAAAGAUUUAGGUUUUGGAUCCGACACACCGUCAAAACUCAGUGGUUUUACUGGUUCGUCAUAGUUUUGGUGCUCUUUAAUACGAUAUGUGUAGCGGUUGAGCACUAUAGACAACCAAAGUGGCUUACUUCGUUUUUAUACUAUGCCGAAUUUGUGUUCUUGGGGCUGUUCAUGAUGGAAAUGUGGAUCAAAAUGUAUGCUCUCGGUCCACGAAUUUACUUCGAAUCAUCGUUUAACCGCUUCGAUUGCGUAGUCAUAUCUGGCUCCAUAUUCGAAGUGGUUUGGUCCGAAGUAAAGGGAGGCUCGUUUGGUCUGUCAGUUCUAAGGGCUCUUAGAUUGUUAAGGAUAUUUAAGGUCACAAAAUACUGGUCAUCUCUGAGAAACCUUGUGAUAUCUCUUCUAAAUUCGAUGAGAUCCAUUAUCUCUCUAUUGUUUCUUCUCUUCUUGUUCAUUCUCAUCUUCGCAUUGUUGGGAAUGCAGUUAUUUGGCGGUCAAUUUAAUUUCGAGGAAGGCACGCCACCUACAAACUUCAAUACAUUUCCAAUCGCAUUACUUACCGUCUUCCAGAUCCUAACGGGGGAGGAUUGGAAUGAAGUUAUGUAUCACGGUAUCCAAUCCCAAGGUGGCAUACAAAAAGGAAUGUUGUAUUCUUUAUACUUUGUUAUCCUCGUGCUAUUUGGUAACUACACGUUGCUAAACGUGUUUCUUGCCAUCGCUGUUGACAACUUGGCGAAUGCACAGGAAUUGACAGCAGCUGAAGAAGAACAGGUCGAGGAAGACAAGGAGAAACAAUCGCAGGAAUUGGAGAAAGAAAUGGACGCUUUACACGCGAUUGACGGAACUCCAAGUGGAGACAAACUUCCGGCAUCAGCUAGGAAGAAGGAAGAAAAGAAAGAGGAUGAGGAAGUACCGGAUGGACCAAAACCAAUGCUGCCAUAUUCGUCCAUGUUUAUUUUGUCACCUACAAAUCCAAUAAGACGAGGCGCACACUGGAUUGUAAAUUUAAGAUAUUUUGAUUUUUUUAUCAUGUUAGUUAUAUGUAUGAGUUCUGUGGCGUUAGCAGCAGAGGACCCUGUAGUCGAAGAUAGUGAUAGAAAUACUGUGCUAAACUACUUUGACUACGCUUUCACGGGCGUGUUUACCGUGGAGAUGUUGCUGAAGAUAGUCGAUCUCGGCAUCCUGUUCCACCCAGGCGCCUAUCUGCGGGACCUGUGGAAUAUCAUGGAUGCCGCUGUCGUCAUAUGCGCACUCGUUAGUUUCGGCUUUGAAAUUGGAGGUGUAAAGAAGGGGGCGGGGCAGAAUCUGUCCACCAUAAAAUCGUUAAGAGUGUUGAGAGUGCUCAGACCUUUAAAAACUAUUAAACGUGUUCCAAAGUUAAAAGCAGUGUUUGACUGUGUUGUGAACUCUUUGAAAAACGUGAUAAACAUUCUCAUAGUGUACAUAUUGUUUCAAUUCAUAUUUGCUGUAAUUGCAGUUCAACUUUUUAAUGGUAAAUUUUUUUUCUGCAACGAUAUCAGUAAGAAUACCUUCGAAGACUGCCAAGGGUCGUAUUUCGUGUACGAGUCAAACAGCCUGCUGCCGCGCGUGAGCAAGCGACAGUGGACGACACAAUCCUUUCACUAUGACAAUGUCGCAUCGGCCAUGCUCACGCUUUUCGCGGUACAGACCGGAGAAGGAUGGCCACAAGUGCUUCAAAACUCAAUGGCCGCGACGUAUGAAGAUCGGGGACCUAUACAGAAUUUUCGAAUAGAAAUGUCCAUAUUUUAUAUAGUUUACUUUGUAGUGUUUCCGUUCUUCUUCGUUAACAUAUUCGUAGCUUUGAUUAUUAUUACAUUUCAAGAACAGGGUGAAGCUGAGUUACAAGAUGGCGAAAUCGAUAAGAAUCAGAAAUCGUGUAUUGACUUUACCAUAGAAGCGAGGCCUUUAGAAAGGUAUAUGCCAAGUAAAAGGGGGAGCCUUAAGUACAAAGUAUGGAGAGUAGUCGUCUCCACACCCUUUGAGUACUUCAUCAUGGCACUGAUCGUGCUUAAUACAUUAUUGCUUAUGAUGAAGUUUCACGAGGCUCCACCGAUCCUCAUGGACGUGUUAACAGUCAUGAACAUAGUAUUUACGUUCUUCUUCCUACUCGAGACCGUUCUGAAGUUAAUUGCGUUCGGAUGUACGAAUUUUUUCAAAGAUCCGUGGAAUACUUUUGAUUUCAUAACGGUCAUUGGAAGUAUUAUUGACGCCCUAAUCAUGGAAUUUGGAAGCGAACUGGGCGAAAACUGUGCUGACAUUUCCUGUCAGCAGGAAAACACAUUCAACGUUGGUUUCCUUCGCCUGUUCCGAGCCGCGCGACUGAUCAAGUUGCUCCGACAGGGUUACACCAUUCGAAUACUGUUGUGGACUUUCGUGCAGAGUUUCAAAGCCUUACCCUACGUGUGCCUUCUCAUCGCGAUGUUAUUUUUCAUCUACGCAAUCAUCGGAAUGCAGGUGUUCGGAAAUAUAGAUUUAGCGGCAGAGUCUGAUAUGAACAGACACAACAAUUUUCGGAGCUUUAUUCAAGCUCUCAUGUUACUAUUUAGGUGUGCUACGGGUGAAUCCUGGCCAAAUAUAAUGUUGGCCUGUUUAAAGCCUGCCAAAUGUGAUAAAGAAGCCGGGAAGUCACCGUCCGAGAUGUGUGGCAGUACACUUGCGUACGCCUACUUCGUGUCAUUUAUAUUUUUCUGUUCCUUUCUGAUGUUGAAUCUUUUCGUUGCUGUCAUUAUGGAUAAUUUCGAUUACUUAACAAGGGAUUCAUCCAUUCUCGGAGCGCAUCAUCUAGACGAAUUUGUUAGGAUAUGGGCUGAAUAUGACCCAAAUGCCACGGGGAAGAUCCACUAUACAGAAAUGUAUGAUAUGUUAAAAAAUAUGGAUCCGCCGCUGGGGUUUGGAAACAAAUGUCCCAAUAGAUUAGCAUAUAAAAAAUUAAUUAGGAUGAAUAUGCCAUUAGAUGAAGAAGGAAAAGUAAAUUUUACGACAACGCUGUUUGCAUUAAUUCGAGAGAAUCUUAGUAUAAAAAUGAGAACAGCUGAAGAAAUGGACCAAGCCGAUGAAGAACUUAGGGAAACAAUAACCCGGAUUUGGCCGCUGCAAGCGAGGAAAAUGUUGGACCUGUUAGUUCCUCGUAGCGAUGUCUUGAAUGGAAGAAACCUAACCGUUGGAAAAAUCUAUGGCGGUCUCCUCAUCCUCGAGAGUUGGAAGUCCACUAGGUUUGGCCAGAAUGAACCCACUGGUUUGCCGGCAUUCAGCGAGAAUAGCCCUACUGCCAAUCAGCCGAAGGCGUCCUUCUUUAACUGCUUGCUCGACGUGGCGGCAACGGGCCUGGGCCACGGAUCUCGGACAGGCUCCUUAAGUCAAGAAGGACAACCAAUUACUGUUCCUACAACGGAAGGUGAUGACACGCAUACAAUAAUGGACCUUGCCAGAAGAAGUACAAGGAAACCCCACAAAAACAACAACAAAAAGGUGUUAGAAUUACAAGAUGUUGGAUCUCACCAUGCUUCCAUGGAGUCUUUAGACGAAGGAAGACUACAAGCAAGUCAUGUCUAUCAAAAUGGACACCACGGAAGAUCAUCUAGUUUAAGACGCACACCAAGUCCUAGAAGACGACAUUACGGAGGUUAUCAUCAUGAAAUCGGUUUCUCUGACACCGUCAAUAAUGUCGUCGAGAUAGUAAAACAUGAACAUCAAAGACACGGGCGGACACACAGGGCACCUCAUCAUUACCAUGGGAAGGAGUGGAGGGCGCCCUAUCCCACGACCAGCCUGAGCCUGCCCUCGCGGUCGCCCAGCCCGCCCCACCACACCUACGUCUGGGCACCCAUAGGCGGCGACCGAGAUCGUGAUAAAGACCGCGAGUGGCGAGAGUGGCGUGACCGGUCGUGGGAGCGAGAAGGCGGCCGACGAGGCCGUGGACGCCAGCUACCGCCCACGCCCACUAAACCGUCCACGCUGCAGGUCAAGCAGCCGCCCCUCGCCAGAAUAAGCCACAGCCCGUCACACUUAUCGUUAAGGCAUACAGUACGAGAACCAUUAGAGCCUCUACACGAUGAGUACGAAUAUGGGCGAGAAGUUGAAAGACUGAUACACCGAGACUAUAGAUCUAGGGAAAGGCGCGGUUGGGGCUACGAGAGCGAACGCGGCGUACGCACGUACGAUGCACCGGCGCCGCUAAGCUACGAGGCAGCGCUGGCGAUGGGGCGCGGCGGCGGCGCACGGGCCCUGCCUUCACCUAGCGGCACGCGACUGCCCAAUGGGUACAAGCCGCGCACGCGUCAUUCGGACUCUGACGAGGACGACUGGUGCUAGCGGCGCCGCCGCGCGCGCUCCCAGCGGGACGUGCGCGCGCCGCCCGCCUCGCCCGCAACCCACGCGCAUACAUACUGACGUGUUGGGGACUCCACGUGUGUAUAUGUGUAGAUAGACUAGCUCGACCCGCCGGAGCGCUUCCGCGGGCGACUAUCCAAAUUCUAGUAUUUACAAAGUUUUGGAAAAUUUAAUUUUUAAUUCGCUAAAAUUUUACUCUUUGAUUUAUAUUAUGGUUAAGAUAAUCGAAGUAUAAAACAGUGCCAGGCGACUCGUUUGUGCUAGGAUUUUUACAUAAAGUUAUUAGUCUGUAUUGUAAGUAACUUUCUAUAUUAAAUUUGCACUACGAAAAAUUUACAUCAUAAUACCGCCUGCUGAAAGGAGGGGACCGAGGUCUUCGCAUUGUUCAUCAGUCCGACACUCGGUACGUCGCCGUACCUACAGCUCUAGACGACGGGACCCUCGGGAUCUCGCUCAACUCUUUUCGUAUUCCAGUUAGACGUUGGAACAAUCUAGCCUUUCAUCGUCAGACAAAUUAAUACUAGAGUAUUGUAUGAUAUAUUUACAUAGCAAAAUAAUUUUUACUUAGUUAAUAUACUUAAUACAUAAAUAACAUUUUUAUUGAAUUUGCUGUCCUUCCCCCAAGUGCUUUAUAUCUACGUUACUUAUAAAUACAAUUAAAUAAUAGCAUGGAUUGUACGUAAACUUUGAUAUUCUGCAUAAAAUUAACUAAAAUUGUUAAAUCGUGUGUAGGCCAGUCGAUAGGUACCUAGUGUUUUGUUACAUUUGGUGAUGAAGGUUGUUAUUUAGCGAAAGAAACUUUAAGCAAACUUUAAUAUUGCCCGGUAAUCUACCUUUUUAGAUGUCGUCCACACGUUUUUUAAUAUAAGAUAAACAUUGUUCAAAUUCUAUUAAUAUUUUAUUUAGUCUACGUUUAUACUUAAAUUAAGUCUUGUUUGCAUUAUAAACAUAGCCAAAGCAAAGCCUAAACCAACAUUCAACGAUUAACAACGUCGAGCUUCUAACAAAAUAGAACUUUUAAGAAACUGAACAAUAUAGGAACCUAUUUUAUUCAUGAGAAAUCCCUACUUUUCAGCGUUAACGUUUGUAAAAAUCUAGUGUUAAGUUUUUUAUCUCUUCGUUACUCUUUGUAUUGAAUUAAUAAUAAUUAAUUUACCAUCAUUUUUAUUGUGAUUAAUAACCAAAUAUCAGUUUAAAUCGUGAAAUACUUACGUUAUGGUGGCAUGCAUUCAAAUUUCAAAUAAGGACAGCUCAACUGUAAAGCGGCUUUAAUUAUAAAGCUAUAUUUUAUAUGCGACAUUAGGGAUGUUGUAGAUUUUAUAGUGUUGUCAAAGCCAAAUGUGACAUAACGUUCGUUUGACUGGAGGUAUAUGUAUUACAAUUUAUUAGGCAAUGCAAUAUAUUUAAAUUUUAUAUGGUAAUAUAUCUGAAGAGUUAUAUAUAGACCAGAAGGCUAUCACAUAUCGCAAAAGCAAUGGUGGUCUGAAAUAGAGCUAAACGUGGACUAAGCAUGUUUUGUUGGCAUAGUUUCGUGUAGUAUAUUUUAUAUUAAUGAUAUUCUUGCUUUAUGCUAAAUAAACUAACGUCAUCAAUCAAUAAUUGGUGAAAAAUAUCACCUUGCGUUGCAUAGGUUCAAAUUUCCGGUGUCUAAAGUUUCAAAUAUGGCACAAUUAUAAUAUAUAUUCCCUUUGUCAAUCAUAAAACAGUUAAUGAUCCGUGGGGAUAGUCCAUUUUUAAAUAUUUAAAAUAAUUAUAAGUCUUGAUGCGGUUUGAGGUUUACAUUUGAAUUUUACGUGGAAAACGUUUACGUAAUCGUAAUAAAAUCUUACAACAAAAUUUUAAGUUUUUAAGUUUCGAUAAUAUGUUUGUUAACUAGAUAAACCUUGUUAUGUCUUCUACAAUUAUUAAGACAAUAUUAUUUCAAACCUUGUCCAUAUUGUUUCUGCGACAUGUGCAUAGCCUUUAAACGUUUUCAAUUCCCGUAAAUCCUUCAAAAUAUUCGAAAUCUUGAGACGAAAUAUGUUAGAAAGAUUAGUUUUAAUUCGUUUGAUCACUGUUUCACCCUCAAAGGCUCAUAUUUAACAUAGGUAUAGGAAAAACUAAGCAAUGUUAUGUCCAUAAUUCAUAUUACCAAAGGCUCUUAACUCGAUACUCAUUGUUCUUUUAAUGUUUUGAACACGUUACUAUACACUAGAAUCUCCCUUAGACGUUGCUAAUCUAAUUUACAAUUUUCCACAGUAGCUUUUCUUGAAAAAGAUAUACAAAAGAAAAUGGAAUGAAUCGAUCACGGAAAAUGUUGCGAGGCAUGCUGUAGGUAUAUUACAAAAUUGUAAAUAAAUAUUUUUCUGUGAUAACAUGAUAUAAAAUUUAUUAUUAGACAGUGUGAUUGCAUAGAAACGUUAUUUAUUUUGCCGAAGCGCUGUGUUAUGGAUGAAACUACUGUCUUUCAAAUGGUUACUGCUUAUUUCAUCAUUUUCAAAUUGUAUUUUUAAAUAACAAAUGUCAGGCAUGUCUUGUGACUUACCAAUUUAAAACGGUUGUAGGUUCAUUCAAAGAUUUUUUACAAUGCUUUAGAAUUUUACGAUCUUAUCAUAAAUGUACUAUAAGCCUUAAGUAUUCAUUGUGCGAUCGCUCGUGUCGUGAUAAAAUAAAUCAUUAUAUGUACACUUAAAGCACAUUUAUGAAUAAGAUCGUUAUUGUCUUAAUACACAAAGCUCAAUCAAAUGAGCUCAAUACUUCAAUAGAAAAUAUAACGAGACAGAUGUCUUCAAGUAAAAAGCCGUAUUGAUUGUGUCUUUGUGCAUUCUGACACGUUAUGUUUUUAAUUAUAGUUUAUAGACAAUGUUUAUAAAAUCAUAGCGUUACAAACCAAUUGCUUUAAAAUUAAAACGUAAUUAUUGUUUUCGUGUAUCGUUGUUAAUGAUAAUAACAGAUUUGUAGCACCCUUCAAUGCUAUAUGUAUUCCAGUAAAAAUUGUUCCAAUUAUAUUCACGUAUAAAAGAUCUCAUUUGUAGCUUUACUUUGUUAUCAACUCAAUUUGAAUUAUCGUCUUCUUUACGUUUUACGUUGGGGCGUUAGGAUACAGCCGAUGGACUUUCAAUGACUGAGAGGUUAGAGUAAUGUUAUUCGCGUGUGCGUCUCGCUUGUGUUCGUGAUACCCUUGUUUCUACGUCGCAGUCCUAUGUGUUUAAGACAUGUAAAUAUUGUAAUAUAUAACGCGGCCGAUGUAGAGGGUCGCAUGUGAAAAUGUCUAGUGAUAUGUACUAGUUAAUUAAUGUUAGCUAGGUAAACUCGUCCCCGACUGUCCUUGAGUUUAAGUUGGGUGUUUCACUGCCUUAAAAUAAUGAACGUAUUAGUUACCUUAACUACUACAGAUAAGACAUUCAAUAUAUUUUUAAUGUAUGCGCGAUGAGGGCGAAUUUGUUUUCGACUACUUAGCAAAUUUAGGUUUUACUCGAUGUCAUUUUAAGUUAUAUUAACAUCACAAUGUAACUUUUCGUUAAUUUUGACGAUAACGCUAGUUGAGCUAGAUAAUAAAAAAUGUAAGAUAUGUAUAUUAUUAUGGCAAAUAAAUAAUCGUGUUCAAGCUAUGCUACGCGUAUCUUAAAGCUACCGAAUGUUUUUACUGAUACGAAUGGUUAUAGUAACUUGUAUUUUGUUGUAUCGAGUGCGCUUAGGUAAAUCGUAAUAUUUGAUUCAAGCGAAAUGGAGCUUCGGGCCAUAUCGCCUGCCUUAUAUUUGUAUAAUUGCGUCGUUUCAAUUGAUUCAUCAUACUUCGAUAAAUCAAUUAUUUUACUCUCGACUCCAGUAAAUUUAAAAAGUAAUUGAUUUCAACUUUAAUAAUUAUUUUAUAAACACAAACACGUUUUAUUAUUCUUAGUUUAUGUAAACUUAGGAAGAGCAUACUUUGGUUUGUAAUACUUGGAAGUACAACGCGUCAUUUUUUAAAUGGAUCAGCGCCAAUUAUCCAAUUAAAUCUUUAUGUUUAUUUCGACAAUUAACUUCGUCAAAAGUAAUAUAAAAGGUUGGCCGAAGUAUAAUGAAUGAUAAAUUUAGCAUAGAAAGUUCAUCGGCGACGAGAGAGCACCAUAGUAUGUUUUGGUACGUUUCGAUAACUUUGCAGGAUAGUGCAUCCUAAUUAUUGUAUUAAUAAAGAACCAAAUUUAAAUUAGUAUUUAAGUAAUUUAUUAUCCUAAACUAAAAAAAAACUAUACGCAUGUUUUCACUAUACUGGUAAAAAUGGUUAUGUACAAUACAAAGGAGCUAAUGUUUUAUAUAUGAAUUUGCUCGCCUGUAAAAUUUUGCAGAAUGAAUCAUAUUAUAAGAAUUGUACAAUAUGAAUAAAUGCAAGAAGACAUUUCCUCGAUAA